CAGCAAGAACGACGGCGCUGGCCACUACGCUCGUUUAAAAUAGCUCCGUGAAGGACUGCCAUGGGGUCAAGUAGCGAGGAAGAAAUAAGAUAAUGAGGGAUAAAGCUAAGUAACGUUGGACCCUGGACCUAAUUGCUUUAUGGGGGCCCGCCCCAUAAUUUCUGGUAAUCUCAGCCCACUGUUUCUAGUCCUGUGCCUAGUCUAGGAGCAACAGAAAAGAAGUCUGCUCUUUCUUCUAUACACACGCACGCAGAUAUCCUUGCACUCUUGAAAAGAUCCAAGUUUCUUCAUGACUUUUGAAUGCUAAACCAAGCAGUUGGUAAUCUGCAGAUUUCUCCAAAUCACACCAGGGUGGUUUCCAGAUAGCGAGCCUUACAAUGCAAAAAGUGGUGCAAAAUGCAACGUUUUGUGUGCUGAAUUCAAACCGCAGUUGAAAUCUGUUGUAAGCUACAUCAAGGAAAUACAACUAUUUUUCUGCAAUGAGUAUGUGACGUUAUAGGGCUACAAUGCAGCAAUAAAACCCGAAAGAAGGCAUCGGAAAUGUGGACGGCAUCUUGCUUACAGUGCAGGGAUAUGUUGUGACACUGUGGUAGCGUGCAGUCUGGAAAGUGCCCAGGGGAUGGAAACAUAUGUAAGGCAGACUUGAAAGGAAUAGAUAGUCGAGAGAACAAAAAACCAAGCCUAAUGGUGGUUCCUGCCUUUGGAUCAUUCACAAACUAAAUGGAACAUUAGUGCAACUUGUAAAACAACAACAACAACAUGGAUUUACCCAACAUUCCUGAGCGCAGAAAACCGACUGUGGAACAUAUUAAUGCAUCCGUAAAGCACACACCCAAGUCCCAUUGUUUCACACAGCAUUCUUGAGCACACAACACCCACUGUGGGACAUAUUAGUGCAUCUGUAAACACACACAGACACACACUCCCAUAGUUUCACACAGUGUUCUUGAGCACAAAAACUUGGGAGUAGACAGCAGCAGCAGAAACAAAGCAGCAGAAGCGAGGACAACUCAGGACGCCAGCAGGGAGGAGGUGACAAAUUCAGGCAGCAGCAGCAGGCAGUAGGCACACGUGCACACACACCAUGCAGUGCAAGCCACUCACCAACACCACGCUGCCCCUGUGAAGCUGGGAGAGGAGUGGACAGAGGUGCUCUUAGCCACAGACCUUGGGAAUCUGGUCUGUGGCCUCCUGACUCCAGGGGUCCUCCAAGUGUUCUGGUGGGCCUCCAGAGGCCUACCACCACCCUGCGCCCACCCCACCGCUGCUAUGGGGCUUUCCUUCUCCUGUUUCCGGAGGAGUCCUGGGAGGAGGCAUCAAGGGAAGUCCAAGGGUGCCUCUCCGGGAGCAGAGGGAGGCCAGGGCAGUCGGCAGGAGGGGACCACAGGCAGGGCACAAGCAGCCACGAUGGAGCAUUCCUGGCAGGCCAGAAGAGGAGCUGCCGCCGCUUCCACACAGGGCCAAGCAGGAAGGGAUGUUGCACGGCCGCUCGGCUGCUGCCUCCCUCCAUCCCUCAGUGACGCAGUGGAGGAGCGGAGGAGGCGGCACAAUGAGGCACAUCGAGUGGGCCAACGAGCAGACAUGGGCCGCCAGCCUGAUGUUGAAGAUGAAGCCGUGGACAAAAGCAGAUUUAAGACCUGCAAACAAAUUGCCUUCUACAGGCGACAGAAACGUUUGUGUCCUGGGAAGUCCUCAUACCGAGCCUUGCUGGACACAAUGGACCUAUCUAAUGGCAAUGUUAAAUUCCAAAUUAUCAAUGAAGAGUGCAAGAUACCUCUUCUAGUAGAAAUUUAUAAAAUAGAGGGCAAUAUUCUCAGACUCAAAAUUAAUGAGAUAAUGCCACUCAAACCAAGAUAUGAAGUUCCUGAUGUUCUCAUAAAGGAACCUGCUAGCCUCAGGCAAACUAUAUCAGAGAGAGAUGCAGGCAAGCUUGUAUUGGCUUGUGCCAGUGAUGACCAGCAGCUUCACAUCACAGCAAAUCCAUUUCAGAUACAGGUUGUCUCAAAGGAUGAGAUUGUACUGAGCAUGAACUCAAAAGACCUGUUAUAUUUUGAGCACCUCCAGUCACCACCCCAAAUCAGUAGCAAAUCUACAUUGCAAGAAAAGGCAGAUGGAUCAGCUGACUCCUCUAAGGAAAAUCAAGAAGAUUUGGGUCUCUGGGAAGAGCGAUUUGGCAAUUUUCUUGACAUCAAAGCUAGUGGUCCUACUUCCAUAGGCUUAGAUUUUUCUUUACAUGGAUUUGAACAUAUCUAUGGAAUACCUCAGCAUGCAGAGACACUUCUCCUUAAAAACACCAGUGACAAUGACGUCUACCGGCUUUAUAACCUGGAUGUCUUUGGGUAUAGAAUACACAGCAAAAUGGGCAUUUAUGGUUCAGUGCCCUUGCUCUUGGCACACAAAGCUGACAGAACCAUUGGGGUCUUCUGGCUGAAUUCCUCGGAAACUCUAGUGGAGGUUGCUACAAAAGCUGCCAUGAAGGUUGCACCCUCCGGGACUCCAGACAUUUCAAAGCAGAGAGUACUGCCUCAAACGGAUGUGCACUGGAUGUCAGAAAGUGGAAUAAUUGAUACUUUUAUCUUAAUGGGACCCAGUCCUUUUGAUACUUUUAAGCAGUAUGCACAGUUGACAGGCACUCAAGCCCUGCCUCCUCUCUUCUCUCUCGGCUACCACCAGUGCCGCUGGAACUAUGAUGAUGAAAAAGAUGUAGAAAAUGUGGAUGCAGGCUUUGAUGUGCAUGAUAUCCCCUAUGAUGUUAUAUGGCUGGAUAUUGAGCACACUGAUGGCAAACGGUACUUCACAUGGGAUAAGAAAAGAUUCUGCAAUCCUAAGAGGAUGCAGACACAGAUACUUAUGAAGAAAAAGCGCAAGCUCGUCGUCAUUCUGGAUCCUCAUAUUAAGGUUGAUCCUCAGUACACCAUAUACUCAGAAGCCAAAGAGAGAGGGUAUUUUGUAAAAGAUCGUGAAGGCAAAGAUUUUGAGGGCAUCUGUUGGCCAGGUCUCUCUUCUUAUUUGGAUUUUACUAAUCCUGAAGUCCAAGAAUGGUAUGCAGAUCAAUUUGCCUUCAAAACAUAUCAGGGUUCGUCUGAAAUCCUUUUCGCCUGGAAUGAUAUGAACGAGCCCUCAGUUUUCAGAGCGGUGGAACAAACCAUGCAGAAAGAUGCAGUUCACCAUGGCCAAUGGGAACAUCGGGAAGUUCAUAAUCUCUAUGGUUUUUACCAGCAAAUGGCAACUGCAGAAGGACUGAUCAAACGCAGCGGGGGUCUAGAGAGGCCAUUUGUCCUCACACGUUCUUUCUUUGCUGGAUCACAGAGAUAUGGUGCAGUAUGGACUGGAGACAACAAAGCAAACUGGAGUUACUUGAAAAUCUCCAUCCCAAUGUUGCUGACAAUUAGUGUGGCAGGAAUUUCUUUCUGUGGAGCGGAUGUGGGUGGAUUUGUUGGCAAUCCAGAACCAGAGCUGUUAGUUCGAUGGUACCAGGCUGGUGCACUCCAGCCUUUCUUCAGAGGCCAUGCCGAUAUACGCACCAGGCGGCGUGAGCCCUGGUUGUUUGGCGAAGAGAAUACACGGAUCAUCCGAGAGGCUAUCAAGGAGCGCUACUGCCUUCUUCCUUAUCUCUAUUCACUGUUCUACCGAGCACAUACUGUGGCUGAACCAGUCAUGAGGCCUGUCUGGGUUGAAUUUCCUGAGGUCCUGGAAACUUUUGGUAUUGAAGAUGAAUAUAUGCUUGGAAAUGCUUUGCUGGUGUGUCCAGUCACUGAACCAAAGGCCACUACAGUCAGUGUCUUUCUACCAGGUCCAUGUGAGAUCUGGUAUGACUUCCGAAAUUUUAGAUGUCUGGCAAGUCAAGGCGUACUGAAAAUCCCAGUAACACUGAAUAAUAUUCCUGCGCUUCAGCGUGGGGGGACUCUUAUACCACUGAAGACUUCUGUUGGAAAAUCCACAGAAUGGAUGACAGAUGUUUCUUAUGAACUGCGUGCUGCCCUAGAUCACAAGGAAUCUGCAACAGGUGAGCUCUACCUAGAUGAUGGUCAUUCAUUCCAGUAUCUCAAUCAGAAGCAGUUCCUGCUCAGGAAGUUCACCUUCCACCAGAAUGUCUUCUCAUCUAGGUGUGCAGAUGAAAAUGGACAGUUCCAUACAAAAUGUGUAGUUGAACGGAUAGUGAUUUUGGGAUUUAAAAAGCAACCUUCUUCUGUGACAGUCAGCAUUGGUGAUGGAAAAGACAAAAUAGUGGCUUUCGCAUAUGAUGCCAAGAGCUCUGUGCUGACCCUUCAAAAGCUUUCACUAAAUAUUGGUAUUGACUGGGAGCUUCAAAUCAAGUGAGAGAUGACACUGCAGCUUUGGAUGAAUGGAUUUAAAUGUUGAAAAAGAUGGAUUUGGUUGGUGAUGGAUUUGCUUGGAUUGGACUUCUGGAAAUAGACAAAACUUGUUCAUUCACAGGCUACUCUUCUACAGUUUCUAUUAGAUUCAUUGAUUGAGAUUAAAAAAAAAUACUUUUAAAAAUAUUCUUGCCAGUUCUAGUUGCAAGAAGGAUGGUUUGUUUCCCAGAUUCUGAGGUUGUAAACUAAGUUUUGCCUCAGAUUAUCUAUGCAACAACAUCUGGAAUUAGUCAUGAUUUCUUGCUUCUGUGAACUAUUUCUUUCAAUCUUCUGCUCUAGCUUUUCUGUUUGUCAGCAUUAUGAAACGCCCACUUUCUCAUUAGUGCAAUGAAUAUUUCAGAGAAGGAAACAGCCUAGAAGAUUUUCUGUCAAAUCCAUUAUUAUAGACAUACUGUCUCAGAAUUUGCCCUGCAAAAUUUCGCUGAACAGAAGAAAUAUCAAAAAUGAGGACUGUUUUUUAUGAUCUGCAUUCUACUCCUGCUUAGAACAAAAAUCCAUUUUUUUGUAUGUAAAAGAGAGAAAUUCAAUCUGGAUGCACAAUUUACAAGUUGGUUGUUAUAAAUUGUGUAAUUGUGAGCACUGUGCUUUCAUUUACAUGAAUAAACCAAAAUCAUGUAAUGAAUUUGGGGUGAGUGGGUUGGUAAUAUUGUAAAGGGAACGCACUGAAUCCUGUUAAUAUCCAGAGGAUUUUAACUUUGUUUUAUUGAGCACUAAGCACUUUAAACUUCAGUUGGCUCAUAAUACAGAUGGCCCUUGUUAUCCAUGGGGGUUCCGUUCUUGUUCAUAGACAUGAAUACAGAAACCACGAAUAACGAAAACUUGAGUCAAUGGGAAUUGGGGGCUUAGAUUCCUAACCAAAAUAAAAAAGGGCCAAUAAAGCAAGGGAGACAUAAAUAAGAGAAGAAAAAGACAGUACCUUAUUCUCCAGCUAUCCAGCAAUGCCCCCCCGCAAACUCCAAAAAUGGUCAAAUAUUCCCCAAAAAUAAUUUUUUAUUUUAAAAAGAGCCACAAAAUGGCUCUUGGCUGGAUAAUGGUGGCCCGAAAUGACACCGGAAGUCAUUUAUAGGUAAUUUCCGGCCACUCAUUAUCUGUGGAAAAUGAAACUGGGUCUCCAAGACCAAAUUGCAGAUAUGCGAAAUGGUGGAUAUGGAGUCCAUGGAUAAUGACAGCCAAGUGUACAAAGGAUGAACAUGUAUGUCUUAUAAUACUAUAUACCAUACAACUUACCAUUAUGAAAUCUUCCUUUAUGUACUGAGAAGGAGCACAAUGGCCACUCUUGCUUUAAGUGUUGCUCCUUAUUUUAGCAGGUUGUCCAGAACAUUACAGCCCAUAGAACAUAAUUACUCACAUAGCAUUGUGAGCCAUGCAUCCAUGAGGGAAGUGAGCUCUCUAGCCACAUGCCACUUACCAGCCUGUGGAUGCUCCUAACAGCAGUGGGAGACGCUGUAUGUGAGCAAUGCUGUUUGUACAGUAGGGCACUGUGUGUAUUGUCCCUAGGGCGCAAUGACACACAACGUCACUUGCAUGGAGUCUCUCCCUCCAUCAUUAGGAGUAUCCAUGGGCUGGUAAGUGGUGUAGAACCAGUGAACCAGCAUCACUCUUGCAUGCACAGCUCUCAGCACUGUUUAUGAGCCAGCAGAUGCCCCAUACCUAUAUAGCCUGAGGCCAAGUUACUUAAAGACCAUAUAAGCCUACUCAGGCUUUACUAUCAGCCUUACAAGCCCUGCUCUUCGGACUGUCUUUAAUACAAAUUCAGUUGACAGAAUCCAGGGAUAGGGCUUUUUCUGUGGUGAUAUCAUGGUUUGAAACGUUGCCCUCGAGGAAAUUCACCAGACCUGCACUCGUGCUGCUUUUCAGCAUGCCAUCAAGACCCAUCUAGUCUGCAAAGCUUUUCAUUGAAUUGCAUGUUAAUGCUGUUUUUGUCAUUAAUGAUUGUUGUUGGUUGCCUUGUAAGGACUUUGUCCUGAAAGGCAGGACGUACCUCUUUAAAUAAAUA